AUGAAUAAAGUUAGUUUGACAGCUUUUUUUAGCAGUGAUAAUUUCAACUUUGAAAUGUAAUAUUUGCAGCCGUCUUCCAAUUGGUCCAGAAAAUGUUGUUAUUGUGAGAAAAGUUGCAAAGAGAACAAUAUGAGAAGCGUUCCGAGGAAUCAAAUUAUUCGUGGAAAAUAUAUCGAAAUUCUUGGAAAACGUUUCGCCAUGAAUUUGGAGACGAAAAAAAAUGCUUUCAUUUGUCGAACACAUUUUGAAAGAGACAUCAAAGUCCGGAAAACGGAUCAACUUCCAGUUAGAAUGAGUGAAGAAAAUGAAGAGAAAAAAGAUGAAAAUGAAGAGAAACAAGAAGCACAACAGAAUAUAAAACGAUGUUGUUAUUGUGAAAAAAGUGGAAAUCGUUCGGAGAUGACUGAAGUUACACGAAAUCGAGAACAAUUGAUUGAAUGGAUUCGAAUUCUUGGUCACAAAUUUUAUGAAAAUAUUAGCGGAAAAUCGACAAGAUAUAUUUGUCGGGAUCAUUUUGAGAAGAAUUUUAGUGAAAAAAGAUCUAAAUUUGAUUUGCCGAUUAGAAUGAAAGUUGAACAAGAGGUGAGAAUUUGGAGAUAAUUGCAAACAAACUUGAUAAUUUAUUUAAAUGUUUUUAGGAUGAAAAUCCACAAGAAAAUGAUGAAUUCGAAAUUCCUGAUGAUUUUGAUGAGGUUUACAGCAGAGGACAUGAUAUCAGGAGAAGAUUGUGCGAUUUUUGUGGAAUAUCCCAACCAAAGAAAGAAUUCAAAGUUUGUAAACCAACAAGUCGAGAUUUUGCAAGAUGGGUUGAGAUUAUUGGACCGAGAUUUGUUGAAAGAUCUACUCGGAAAAAAUGGAUUUUCAUCUGUGUAUCUCACCUUCAUUUGCUCAAGCAAAAACUUCUCGAUGAAAAUGAUCCGGAAUUGAGAAUGAAGACAAGAAGUCAGAAUAAGCGAAAAAUUGAAAAUGUAAGUCGCUAUGAAAUCUGGAGAAAAUAAAUUAGAAAUGGUUUUUGAAUGGGGAAAUCAGAAAAUGGCCACAUUCUAACAUUAUUUCUUUUUCUCACGUGAAUUUUCGAAAAAAAAAACCCCUCGGGAUACUGUAGAUUUGUGUGUCUGCAUUUCGUUGUGCAAACACCGCACACAUUGACGACACAAUUUUUUUUUCAGAGUUUCAAAGUUUCAGAACAGAGUGUUUUAUUACAGGAUGAAGUGAUUUGCGAGAAAAAAGUGAUUAAAAUUGAAGAAGAAGAGGAAUCUGUGGAAUCUCCAGUCAAACUUGAAUUGAAUGAAGAAAAGGAAAAAAUCGAAAUGCUAUUUCUGCCAGUGAAAGAGGAAAUAAUUGAAGAAGGAUUAGAGUUAGAUUCAAUUCAGGAAAUUAUGAAGAAAACCAUCGUUUGUUGCCGUUUCUGUGAUAUUGAAAUGAGUUCAAUUGAAAUGGUUGAAACUCCAACAAAUGUACAAGAUUUAUCAAAAUGGUGUCAAAUUUAUGGGGAAACAUUCACAGAAAAUGUUUUCAAAUAUUCAGAACCUCACUUUAUUUGUAUGUCUCAUGUUUUUGAGAAAAAUUGUUGA